AUGGCUAAUAACACAACAAGCUUAGGGAGCCCAUGGCCAGAACACUUUUGGGAGGAUGUGAUAAUGUCCUUCACGGUAUCCGUGGCAACGGUACUUGUAAUCGGAGGAUUUAUUUGGGCUUUGUCUGUCUGUUUGUCUCGAAGAAGGGCCAGCGCCCCCAUCUCGCAGUGGAGUUCAAGCCGGCGACCCAGAUCUUCAUAUACCCAUGGCCUCAACAGAAAUGGAUUUUACCGCCACAGUGGCUGUGAACGUCGAAGCAACCUCAGCCUGGCGAGCCUCACUUUCCAGCGACAAGCUUCCCUGGAACAAGCCAAUUCCUUUCCAAGAAAAUCAAGCUUCAGGGGCUCAACUUUCCACCCCUUUCUGCAAUGCCCACCACUUCCUGUGGAAACUGAGAGUCAGCUGGUGACUUUCCCUUCAUCCACCACCUCCUCCACCAUCAACACUUCCCACAGCCUGGGCCGUCCGGAUUUCCACUGGUCCAACAACAAUCUUCGGAUUGGCGUUUCAACACCACCCCCACCUGCCUACGAGUCCAUCAUAAAGGCUUUCUCGGAUUCCUGA